UAUUGUGUAAUCUGUCUGUUGUUUUGUUAUACCCUGAAGAAGACCAAAACACAGUGAUGUUAAUCCUCUUACAUCUAUUUCUAUAGAUCUCAAAGAGUGGUUGAACAUUGUUUGUGAUUGAUAUCCUAUAUAAUAUAAUAGGCUAACUAAUAUUGUGUAAUCUGACUGUUGUGUGUUGUCCGUCGUCCAGGUAAGGAGAUGGUGGAUUACAUCACUAGGUACCUGACCACCAUCAGAGAGAGGAAGGUGACCCCAGGCCCAGAGGUGAAGCCUGGCUAUAUGAGAGAGCUGCUGCCAGACAGCGCCCCCACUGACCCGGAGGACUGGGACUGUAUCUUCAGGGACAUAGAGAAGGUCAUCAUGCCUGGGGUGGUCCACUGGCAGAGCCCCUACAUGCAUGCAUACUAUCCAGCCCUGACCUCCUGGCCCUCCAUGUUAGGAGACAUGUUGGCUGACGCCAUCAACAACAUCGGAUUCACCUGGGCCUCCAGCCCGGCGUGUACAGAGCUGGAGAUGAACGUGAUGGAUUGGUUGUGUAAAGCUCUUGGUCUCCCCACAUUCUUCCUCCAUCACCACCCAGAAAGCACCGGGGGAGGAAUACUGCAGAGCACAGUGAGUGAGAGUAGUCUGGUAGCUCUGCUAGCUGCCAGGAAGCACAGGAUCCAGCAGCUGAAGAGGACAGAUCCAGCAGACAGAGACCUGGACGACUCAGUGGUCAACUCAAGACUGGUGGCCUACGCAUCAGACCAGGCUCACUCCUCAGUGGAGAAGGCAGGUCUGAUCUCCCUGGUGAAGAUCAGGUUCCUCCCUCCAGACGACCACUUCUCCCUGAGAGGAGACACUCUGAAACAGGCCAUCCAGGAGGACAGAAGGAGAGGACUGGUACCUGUCAUGCUGUGUGCCACUCUGGGGACCACGGGGGUGUGUGCCUUCGACGACCUGUCAGAGCUGGGACCAGUGUGUGCAGAGGAAGGUCUGUGGCUGCAUGUGGAUGCAGCGUACGCAGGCUCAGCGUUUCUCUGCCCUGAGCUGAGAGGACCUCUGGGGGGUAUAGAGUACGCUGACUCCUUCGCGUUCAACCCCUCCAAAUGGAUGAUGGUCCACUUCGACUGCACUGCCUUCUGGGUGAAGGACAAGUACAAGCUCCAACAAACCUUCAGUGUCGACCCGGUCUACCUCAGACACGAAAACUCAGACCAAGCCACCGACUUCAUGCAUUGGCAGAUCCCCCUGAGUCGACGGUUCCGCUCCCUGAAGCUGUGGUUUGUGAUGCGCUGCUUCGGUCUGAAGAACCUCCAGGGACACAUCAGACACGGUGUAGAGAUGGCUAAGCUACUGGAGUCCCUGGUUAGAUGUGACCCUAACUUUGACAUGCCUGCUGAUAGACACCUUGGCUUGGUGGUCUUCUGUCUCAAGGAAGGGAAUGCUCUGACUCAGGAGUUGCUACGGCGACUGACGCGGUCCCGCACCAUGUACCUUGUCCCCGCCGACAUCGAUGGGAAACGCAUCAUCCGCUUCACCGUGACGUCACAGCUGACCACCUCAGAGGACAUUAUCAGGGACUGGGACAUCAUUCGCAAAAUGGCCGACGACCUUCUGGCCGAGGAGGCCGAAAAACAGGCGGUCAGUAAAAUGGAGGAGCAGCAGUCUCCAGUCAGAAAAACUGUUGGGAAGCUGUCAGAGACAAACAGUGAUUCGGGGAAUCACACAACAACAACAGCAGAGGGCUUGGCUGCCUCUCUCAUGACUAGGAAACCAAAGGAGAUUGAAAAGGCCAUCAGUGACACAGAGGACGAACCACUGAAAACACCCAAAGAGUUGGAGAACGGCCAGACACAGACCUGCCCCAAGACAGGAUCCAAAGAGCUAGAGGUCGACCCGACACAGACCAGCCCCAAGACAGGAUCCAAAGAGCUAGAGGUCGACCCGACACAGACCAGCCCCAAGACAGGAUCCAAAGAGCUAGAGGUCGGCCCGACACAGACCAGUCCCAAGACAGGAUCCAAAGAGCUAGAGGUCGGCCCGACACAGACCAGUCCCAAGACAGGAUCCAAAGAGCUAGAGGGCGGCCCGACACAGACCAGUCCCAAGACAGGAUCCAAAGACCUAGAGGUCGGCCCGACACAGACUAGCCCCAAGACAGGAUCCAAAGAGCUAGAGGCCGACCCGACACAGACCAGCCACAAGACAGGACCCAGAGAGCUUGGGACCAGCCUGGCCCAGACCAGCCAGGACCCAGAGACAGGAGCCAGAGACGGUCCUGAGGAGAUCCCCUGUACUGCUGCCUUCAGAGUUCAGAGGGUCCAACCACAGCUCCGCUUGGACAGUGAUAAGACUGGAUUUAGACCAGAUCCACCAUUCUGGAUGGAUAAAGAAAAGUCUGGGUCUGAGAACAGGCCGAGGAGGACAGUACGCUCUCUGAGCUGCAACAGUGAGCCCUUACCUGGCCCUAUUGGGCCCCUGUUUGGUCAUAACACUGACCCCCUUUCUAAGCCUCUCUCUAGCUCUGUCACGGACUCACAGCCUGGACAUAAAGAACCAGACCUCAUCCACCCCCUAAAUGACACCCAGCUCAGACGUCUCUCCUCCAGCCUAAGCCCCUCAGGCCUCUUUCAGAUCCCAGAGUGGCCUUCUCCAACCAAUUCCAACCAGCUGGGAAAACGGGUCCUGAGGAAGCUCACCAAGUUCUACAGCUUGCCCAGUUUCUGCCAUCUGUGGGUGCAGUGUGGGCGCUACCAGGUGUGCUGCCCUGUCAGGGGACUUCAGAUCGCCCCAAAGCUCAGAUCUCCCCAAAACCCUGGUCCUCCUCUGGGUGUAGGAGACUCCGCUGUUGGUCUUGUUCCUCUGUGACUCCAGUAGAUACCGCUAACUUUCCUGCUCUACUGCAGCCAAGGUUAGCGCCUGGGUCGUAUUCAUUAGGCACAACGUAGCAAAAAUGUUUUGCAAUGGAAAAUGAAAAUAAAUGUUUCUUAUUGUACAAGACCACCUUGGUCCAAUCCAUUUCCUUCCAUUUGGUGCCUGAUGCAUACGACCCUGUAGUCUCUCUACCAAAUGUUUCCCACAAACACCUUUGUGGUUUCAGGGUGUAGAGAUGGCUGAGCUCUUUUUCAUUUAUUUUAGAUUUAU